AUGGAGACUGGUGCUGGAAAACAAGGAAAGGAAUCCAAACUGAAAAAUGAUGGUCUGUUGGCGGAGAAGUGCGCAGGUUACGCCCCUUGUGCUUUUCGGCUCAUGUUAGAAGCAACCCCUCCAUUUCAUGCAAUUAAUACUGUGUUUGUGCACACCCACAACAGCAAUGAAUCGCUCGGUGCAACAGUGGCAACGCUAGACAGAAGUAGCUGGCCACGUGCAAUAGGGAGUGGACUGCCAGCUGGCCCCAUACAGAGGAAGCUCACAGUGGCAUCCAGCUAA